AUGGACUACAUCCGUGGUGCCGGCCCUGUCAUGGCUUCCAGCCUGAGCGAUGCGGCUCUCUCUCUACCUCUGCAUCACCUGCGAGAAGAUCUCAGCCCCAAUGGUUCGCUGGAUGUUCCGACCGGCUUUCCGACCAGUCUUGCUGGCAAAUCUGUCUGGACCGGUGCCAGCUUCAAGCAGGCGCACGAAGCCAUCUGCCACUUGACCGACACAGAUCAGGCUGAGCUCUGUUCUGCCAAGGAUCACUUUAACGCCCAGGGACUGGAUGGUGACCUCGUCAACCGAGACAACUUCCCCCUUCCAACUCUUGGCCCCAAGCUGGAACAGCUCGUUCGGGAUAUCUACGAGGGACAAGGUUUCUGUGUUGUUCGCGGCAUCAACCCGAACGAUUACUCGGUCGAGGACCUCACCAUAAUCUGGUUGGGAGUUCAGGCGUACAUUGCCGACCAGCGAGGUUGCCAAGACGAUCGAGGAAACAUGUUGGUCCACAUCAUCGCCGACAACUCGACUGAGGCCAAGCUGGGCCACCACCGUCACUCGACCUCCGCCAUCUCGUUCCACAACGAGGAGGCCGGCGAUGUGGUCAGCUGGCUGACGCGCAGCACUGCAUCCACUGGAGGCAGAUGCAUUCUGGCCCCUGUCCACACGAUAUACAACAUCCUUGCGGCCCAUCGCCCCGACAUGAUUCGCACCCUUGCCAAGUCUGAUUGGCCCGUGGCGCUGCCGCACUUCCAGUGCCGACCGUUGCUUUUCUAUCACGACUCAAAGCUGAUGAUGAACUUCGGUCGCACUCCGUUGCUGGGAAACGCUACUCACCCCCGUCCAGAGCAUCUCCCCAAGCUCAACGAGCGUCAACAUGAGGCCCUCGACACGGUGGAGGCGAUUGCGCAGGCGAUUCAGUUGGAGGUGCAGACCCAGGCGGGUGAUAUGCAUUUCAUCAACAACUUCACUGUGCUCCACCGACGUGAGGGCUUUGUCGAUGGGGCUGCCGCCGAGGAGAAGCGACACCUCGUCCGCAUGAGACUGCGCAGCUCGCAGCUGGGAUGGGCCAUUCCAGAGGGCCUCCAACGGGAAUGGGCCGAGGCGUUCGAGACGGACAAUUGCAAGGUCUGGCAUCUGGACCCCAUGCCCGGUGAUGCGUUCCCGCUUCGCAAGUACACGAACUAA